AACGCAACCUUCCUGACGCUUGUUUCUCCGCCUGCCAACUCUGCUGCCCUGCUCCUCUGCUUUCUUCCCAUCCAUCCACCCGUCCCUCCAUCAAGCAGCCAGCCAGCUCGCCCAUCUAGCACAAGGACAAUUCCAUCGCCAUCCCUAUUCUUUAUCAAGUGCACGUCUCAAUCGCACAACAGCCCCCCGCUUUGUCGCAGCUGAUUCGCCCCCCUCUCGUUGCGACUCGCCGAGCCAAUCACGCUACGUCAUCGGCUUCAACCACCAACCAUGGCCGAAGCUCCAGCUGUCCCCAGCGCGCAGGCAGUCUCUGCGCCAGCCGUUGCGCCUGCAGCUGAUGCCGCGGCCCCCGUGGAGAAGCCGGCGGCAACUGCCGACAACACCAACCCGGUGAUUGAGGCCAAGUUCGAGCCGACCGAGAAUGCCAUGAAAUCAGAAGCCGCCGUGGCAGCCGCCGCCCCGGAGCUCACUCCCGGAACCAGCGCCAACGGCAAGCCGAACGCCGAGGAGGGCGAGGCGGCCAAGGAUGACGCUGCCACGGCAGAUGCGGGCGAGAACAGCGCUCCGGUCGCCGAAGCAGCGGGUGAUGCACCCAAGGAGGCGAACGCCCACGAAGCUGCCAAGGACAAGGAGAACAAGUCUUCCACGACGGAAGCCACAUCGGAGGCGGCCCAGCCCGAGGAAGCUCCCACCGCCCUGGCUGCAACCAACGGAGCGACAUCCUCGGAUAAGGACGCCAAGGCCGGCGACAAGCGGUCGGCGGAGACCGUCGAGGCCGAGGCCGACACCAGCGCGGACGCCGCCGCCGCCGCCACCACCAACAACGGGCCCGUCUCCAAGGUCAAGGCAGCAGUCAAGAAGGCGGCCGAGCCCCUGGCCAAAAAGGUCAAGACGGACAAGAGCGACAAGGGCGACGUUGACGUCACCAUGGCCGACGCGGACCCGGUCGCCGACGAGGCCGCCAAGCCCGUGGAAAACGGCACCAACGGGCUCAAGCGGGCCAAGUCUACCAAGCGCGACAAGAAGCCAGCCGCGCCUGUCGGCAGGACGGAAAGGAAGACAAGGAGUCAGGGCCCCAUCUGAGCGGAGGGACGUGGCCUCCCGGUCUUGGACCAGGCGUGUUUCCGAAAUUGCUUCUGCGGUGCAAGCGUCGCUCGUGAACGGCGGGCUUCUUGGACAACCUUUCCCGAUGUUGAGAGCAUGGGUGGCCUUUACUCACCAAGACCAGACAUGCCGAAAAUUUCCUUUGGUCUCAUUUAUGUAGUCGUUCUGGACAUCGCCUCUCUCCUUGGGUAUGUUGGUUCUCUUUAUCGCCGUACGGAAACCUCCAUAGUCUUUUGGGUUAUUUCUUCCCUUCAUUAUUUCCGCCAUCUGUUUAUCAUGUCUCGGUUUGGGGGAAAACAAAACGGGCGGACUUCGAAUUCACAGGACGAGAGAUAUACGUUUCGAUCUGGAGCGCGUCUGGCGCGUCUCCCUUCUUUGAUUAGUUGUUCUUUUUGGUUAUAGUGUAUAUACGUGGCUCAAUCUAUCACGGAAGCCAGGCUGGAAAAGGAAAUAAUACAAACUAGUCUUGGCCUUAGCCGUUAGCAGGGCUUAGUAUUGGUGGAAAGGCGCCGCAAUGCGUAAAUGGGAAUUUCGCAGGCGCAGGGCUGAUGUUGGUGGC